AUGGGGAAUUCAGAUAGUAACGCAAGCAUUAAAGCCUUGCAUGCUAACUACAUGGUGGUUCGUAAUAUCAAAGACGAUCCAAGGUAUGGGGAAGGCAGAAUAGUGAAAUAGAAGCAGACAAAACAAGAGGCGUUUUAGAAGGAGAUCAAUUUGACAGAUGAAGAUAAAUUCAAGAAGCUCAAAGUAAUGUUGGAGAAGAAGGAAAGUAACACAUACGAUAACCUCAUAAAUGUUACUAAGCUCUAUUAUCAUGAGGAUAGUUAAUUCUGUGGGCAAUUUUUUAAAAUUUACAUUUUGUUAGAAUUUAUUCCAUUUUGCUUAUAUGAUAUCAUAGAGCAGAGAUUAGCUAAGAAACAAUAGUUCAGAGAAUAAGAGCUGAUGCAAAUACUCAAGGGAUGCAUUGAGGCUUUGUUCAUUUUGCAAUACUAAAAUAUCACACACUAAGCCAUACGGCCAGAUACUAUAUCUUAUUUGGAAUAAUAUCCAUUUGUGAAAUUGACUGAUCCUACUGUGAGUGGAGUGUUGAGUUCAUUUCAAUUAGUGGUGUAAGACGAAUUGAAAUAAAUCAAUUAGAACUAUCUGAGUCCUCAGUUGAUGCAAUCUUUGAACGAUGAAAUGCAACCACAGCACAACCCUUAUAAAAGUGAUGUAUAUUCAUUAGGAAUGACAAUGCUCCACCUCUCAACCCUUAAUAAUUGCGAUGAUUGCUAUGACAUUCCAAGAUCAAAAGUACUCCAUCAACAAGUCCAACGUAGAUUACAAUAAAUAGAGCCCUCUUUUUCAUCCUAAUACAUUCAAAUACUCCGAGAAAUGUUACUCCUCAAUGAAGACUAAAGACCAGAUUUCAUACAAUUAAAAUAGGAAUUGCAAGGAGUUUCUACUAUUCAAUCUCCCUAAUAACCCUAUUAUUAAGAAGAAUACGUAAUACAAUCAAAGAAGGCACCCAUCGUUUAAGUGUAAGCUUAUGAAUAGGCAGUGGAAAGUUUCUCAAUUCAACAGCCAUCACAAACACCUUAAAUGAUUAUGCAUUCAGAAUAGAGUGCUAAGUUUAAUAUCCAACAAUCUACAUAAUCCAUACGGAAUAGUUAGGUCUAGAAAUCUUAGCAAUUAAAACAGUCUCAAUAAGUCAAUCAAUCCAUUUAUGUUGAUCGUAAUGGAGUAUAAGAAUUGAGACCAGACAUCUGCGAUCAUAUCAAAAUAUUGCCCUUGUCUGAACAAGUAUCUGAACCAUCUGAAAUCGAUCAUAAUAUUGGAAACCAAAUUGGAAUGGAUCAAUUUCUAGAUGUUACUCAUGAGCCUGAUCAACAAGAGAACUUGAUGCCAAUCACCUCUUUUGAGACUUCUUAAUAAUAUUAACACUACUAAAAUAUGUAACAAUCCAAAUAAAAUUAACCUGCCUCAUAUGAAUCAUAUAAAAUGGAUUAUAAUAUGCAAGCCAAUCAUUUAUCUAAUAACAAUAAAUAUGAUUAUUUGUAUGAUAGAAAUUUAAGCAAUUAAGAGAAACUUAUGAAUUAUUAGAAUGACCUCAAAAGAACAUUCGAACACCUCUCAGUCUAGGCUGAAAAAGUGAUCGAAGUUUAUGCAAAUGGGUCAAAAUAUGAUGGUGAGAAAUUAAAUGGUAUGAGACAUGGAAAUGGGACAUUCUUCUAUUAAGAUAAUGGAGGAGUUUAUGAGGGCCAAUGGUUUGAAAACAAAAUGCAUGGAAGCGGUAAUAUUGUACAUUCUACAAUAGGAACUCUGUUUUACGCAUCAGGUAAACCUGCAUAUGAAGGAUAGUGGGUCAACGAUAAGUUUUAAGGUAAGGGCACUUUGUACAAUGAGGAACCAUAAAUGCUAUUUAGUGAUUUCGAUUACGGAGAUUUUGAUUAAGUUGGAGAGUAUUGGACCAAAUAUGUUGGGUAAUUCCAUGAGGAUAAUAAAGAGGGAUAAGGAACUUUAUAUUUGUCAAAUGGCGAUAAAUUCGAAGGAAAUUUCCUACAAGACUUAGUUAGUGGUCCAGGGAAGUAUAUUAAAGUGAAUGGAUAAGUGUUUUCAGGGAGAUGGUGGAGAAACAAACUAUAAUCGUGA